CACCCGGCCCCGGCCCAGGCAGACCCCCGACCCUCGGGCCCAGGCCAGCCGAUUCCGGGACGGGGGCUGGGGUUCCGCUGCUCGCUCGCCGCGGUGACCGCCCCACGCGUGCGGGGGCCCCGGCGGCCGAGACUUCCCGCGCGCUUCGGCCCCGGGUCCCUUCCCUGGGUCCCCUCCUGGCGAUCGCGGCACCCUCCCCAGGGCCCCCAGGAUCAUGUGGUACAUCAGCACUCGGGGGAUGACCCCACGGGUCGACUUUGAGGGGGCCCUCUUCUCUGGCUAUGCACCCGACGGGGGCCUCUUCAUGCCUGAGGAGCUCCCACAGCUGUGCAGAGAGACCCUGCGUCAGUGGAGUGUGCUCUCCUACCCUAGCCUGGUGAAGGAGCUGUGCGCCCUCUUCAUUGGCCCUGAGCUCAUUCCAAGAGAUGACUUAAAUGAUCUGAUUGACCGAGGCUUCAGCAGAUUCCGCCACAGGGAGGUGGUCCAUCUGUCCAGGUUGAAGAACGGGCUGAACGUGUUGGAGCUGUGGCAUGGGGUCACGUAUGCGUUUAAGGACCUGUCCCUGAGCUGCACAGCACAGUUCCUGCAGUACUUCCUGGAGAAAAGGAAGAAGCAUGUCACCGUGGUUGUGGGAACAUCUGGGGACACAGGGAGUGCUGCCAUUGAGAGUGUUCAAGGGGCAAAGAACGUGGACAUCAUCGUUCUGCUGCCCAAGGGUCACUGCACGAAGAUUCAGGAGCUCCAGAUGACAACAGUGCUCAAGGAGAAUGUCCAUGUGUUUGGAGUGGAGGGAAACAGCGAUGAGCUUGACGAGCCCAUCAAGGCCGUGUUUGCUGACGUGGCUUUUGUCAAGAAGCACAAUCUGAUGAGUCUGAAUUCAAUCAACUGGUCCCGGGUCCUCGUGCAAAUGGCCCACCACUUCUUCGCUUACUUUCAGUGUGUGCCAUCCUUAGACGCACACCCCCUGCCCCCCGUGGAGGUGGUUGUGCCAACGGGGGCCGCUGGGAACCUUGCAGCUGGGUGCAUUGCUCAGAAGAUGGGCCUGCCCAUCCGCCUGGUUGUGGCAGUGAACCGCAAUGACAUCAUCCACAGGACUGUCCAGCGAGGAGACUUCUCUCUGUCCAAGGCUGUCAAACCAACCUUGGCAUCAGCUAUGGACAUUCAGGUGCCCUACAACAUGGAGAGGAUCUUCUGGCUGCUCUCUGGCUCUGACAGCCAGGUGACAAGAGCCCUCAUGGAGCAGUUUGAAAGGACCCAAAGUGUGAGUCUACCCAAGGACCUGCACAGCAAGCUUUCAGAGGUGGUGACGUCUGAGUCGGUGUCGAAUGAGACCAUCACCCAGACCAUGGGCCGCUGCUGGGAAGAGAACCAGUACUUGCUGUGCCCUCACUCGGCCGUGGCCGUGAGCUACCAUUACCAGCAGACAGACGGGCAGCAGCCCAGCCCUCCCCGGUGUUGUCUGGCCCCCGCCUCUGCAGCCAAGUUCCCCGAAGCUGUCCUGGCUGCCGGGCUGACCCCAGAGACUCCCUUGGAGAUCCUAGCCCUGGAGCACAAGGAGACACGUUGCACCCCAAUGCGGAGGGGUGACGACUGGACACUGAUGCUUCGGGACACAAUUGAGGACCUCAGCCGGCAGUGGAGGGAUCACUGCCUGAAUGCCUGGGAAUAGCCAGGCUGGAGUUGGCUUCCUUUGGGCUUCUGAGGCCAGGGAGGUGUGCCCUCUGAGCUGCUCUGUAUACCUUCUCCCCGUUAAGAGUCUUGAGUUAAGAGGGUAGGAGCUUCUCAGGGGGUCUGAGCCAGCUGGUUUCACUCUGCCCCAUGACUGCUCUGUGCUCUCGCGGUGGUGGUGUCCUCUGGUCGCUGGGGAUGCCGGGUGGGGGGUGUGGAUGAUUGCUGGAGUGCGCCCCCACUGCCAGCUGGUGCAGGAGCAUCACUGCUGCGUGUUAAUGUUUCAGGGCCUGCAGACGAAGAGCCUUGGGCACAGAGUCGACCUCGCCUCCAGGGUUUAGGACCCCAGACCCUAAACCUGUGCAGGUGGGGGCUGCUCACUCCAUUAACACAGGCCUGGGGCUCAUGGUCUCCGAGCCUUAGUUUAUCCCCAAGCCAGAUCCAGAGGUCUUGGCCUGCCUUGUCAGAACUUCCACCCUGUUAGAAUAUUGGGAAUCCCUGGAAUAAAAGUGCAUGUUCAGUGUGAUGGUGACUCUGCGUGGCCUGUAGGCAGAGAAUGGUGGCUGCCCAGUGGUGAUGGUGGUGUUGUGGUAUGUGGUCCAUCCACCAGCUGCUCCAGACUGGCCCAGUGUUGAGGGGGGCAGCAGACAGAGCAGGCAGUGGGGCAGGUGGCAGGGGUGGUGGUGGCGCACAGCAUCGAAGGGUGGUAGGAUCACCAGAUCCAGCCUGUGUGGAAAGCAUGCACCUUAAAGUAUACACUUGAGUCGAGUUACCCUGUUGCUCAUAUAUUGGGUUCACCUGCUUUAUUAAACCAGGGCAUAUGUCAUACCAGCAAGAAGCAAUGAUCCCUCAUCGACCACUAAAUAAAGUCCAAGUGCCUCCAUAAUCACACUGCCCCAGAGAAAUCAAAUUGUUCUUUCCUCUGAAAGCAUGACUCAUGCUGUUCUCUCCCCAUGACUUCAACCUUGCACUUGCCUCAUGGAGAACGUCCUUAGCUUUCUUAAAGUGUGCAUUUCCUUCUACCUGUGUUUUUUUUUUUUGAGAAAGAGUGGCCCUGAGCUAACAUUUGUUGCCAAUCUUCCUUUUUUUGCUUGAGGAAGGUUGUCGCUGAGCUAACAUCUGUACCAAUCUUCCUCUAUUUUGUAUGUGGGAUGCCGCCACAGCAUGGCUUGAUGAGUGGUGUGUCGGUUUGCACCCAGGAUUCAAACCAGUGAACUCUGGCCUCCAAAGCGGAGCAUGCAAACUUAACCACUACUCUACAGGGCGGCCCUUCCUUCUAUCCUGUUUUUUGUUUAGCCACAUUAGACAUUAUCUCCCCAUCUCAAAGCUUCUUGACGAUAAGAACCAUUGUUUCACACAAUGGGCUGAAACAUUUUGGAUUUGCCCCUAUUGAUUAAAAAUUUUUUAGUAUGUUUUCCCAACAUAUGUAUACUAAAUUAUGCAUAAACUACACAGACCAUAGGCUAAAAUAGGAAUGAAGGAAUAAUAAUAAAACCUCUUUUCUCUACAUACUCCAGUGGCUUGUCUUGUGGCCCAUCUUUGGCAGUCCUGGCUGAGCACAGUGCCUGGUGUGUCCUGUAACCAGCUGGGAACCAGGGGUACAGCUCUGCUGUGAUUAUGUGUCUGCCCACACUGUGCAGUGCUUCUCAAAGAGUAGCUCUUGGGUUUCAUCACAAUGCACACUCCAGGCCCCUACCCCAGACCUUCAGAGGCCGCUCUCUGGGUGUGGGGUGGGCAUCUGUAUUUCUUGCAAAUUCCCCAAGCAAGUCUUCUGCGCACUCUAAGUUGGAAAACCCUGGCCAGAGACUUUAAGUUUGCAAAUAAUUUUCUGGCACAGUGAGUGUGAUUUAUUUUCACAGGGGCAUGCUGUAUUCCUCCUACUGAUUUCAUGACCCAGUCCUGCGCUGUCCAAUUCAGGAGCCACUAGCCAUAUGGGACUGUGGAGCACUUGAAAUGUGAAUAGUGUGACUAAGGAACCGAAUUUUUGAUUUAAUUUAGUUUUAAUUAAUUUACAUUUAAAUUUCAAAACUAUUAUUGAUUCAGUUAAUGGAAAACUUUUAAAGUUGGAGAAAUGCAGGUAUGUGAAUCUGCUUUUUCAGCUGUAAAUUUUAUGAAGUACAGAUCAGUAUUUCUGAUGAAAAUUUAGUGUUCUAAGUGAGAUAUGCCACAACUGUAAAAUACAUAUCGGAUUUCAAAGACUUGGAAUGAAAAAGACAUAAAAUAUCUCAUUAACAAUUUUAUGUUGAUUACAUGUUGAAAGGAUAGUAUUGUGGUGUAUUGG